GUCGGCGGCUGAGGAGGAGGCGGCGGCGGCGGCGGCGACGGCGGCGGCGGCGAGAGGAUGAACAACAAGUUCGACGCCUUGAAAGAUGACGACAGUGGGGACCAUGACCAGAACGAAGAAAACAGCACACAGAAAGACGGUGAGAAGGAAAAAACUGAGCGAGAUAAAAGCCAGACCAGCAGCAAGAGGAAGGCUGUUGUCCCCGGACCCGCGGAACAUCCCUUGCAGUACAACUAUACCUUCUGGUACUCCAGACGAACACCCGGACGGCCCACCAGCUCGCAGAGUUACGAACAGAACAUCAAACAGAUUGGCACAUUUGCUUCUGUGGAGCAGUUCUGGAGAUUUUAUAGCCACAUGGUACGUCCCGGGGACCUGACGGGGCACAGCGACUUCCAUCUCUUCAAAGAGGGAAUCAAGCCCAUGUGGGAGGACGAUGCAAAUAAAAACGGCGGCAAGUGGAUCAUCCGCCUGCGCAAGGGCUUGGCAUCCCGCUGCUGGGAAAAUCUCAUCCUGGCCAUGUUGGGGGAACAGUUCAUGGUGGGGGAGGAGAUCUGCGGCGCCGUGGUCUCCGUCCGGUUUCAGGAGGACAUCAUCUCCAUCUGGAACAAGACCGCCAGCGACCAGGCAACCACAGCCCGAAUCCGGGACACGCUGCGGCGAGUGCUUAACCUACCUCCCAACACCAUUAUGGAAUACAAAACGCACACCGACAGCAUCAAAAUGCCAGGCAGGCUGGGCCCCCAAAGGCUCCUUUUUCAUAACCUCUGGAAGACGCGGUUGAACGUGCCAUGAUCCUGUCCCUUUCUGGACGGCACCAUCGUCGAAGCUGGCAUCAUCGGAGUCUCUUGUUCUGUUGGCGUGCCAUCUGGAAGACGCUUCUGUCCCGGGACAACAGGAGUUGGAAGAGCGUAUUCUGUUGAAGUACAGGCUGACACGUACAGCAGCUGCAAUGACAGCUGAGAUCAUUUAAUAAAUGGUGCUAAACUGG